AUGGCGUCCAUCACCGCCGCCCACCACGCAAAUACCGGAAAGGAUGCGGCACACCGCAGUGUCAUGUCUAGGUGGGCUAGAGGCAUGUCUAGGUGGGCUGUAGAGAGCAUCCUUGACGAUGCUGUAGCGAUCGUCAUGUCUAGUGCCAUCGAGAGUUACGGCAGCAAGAGCGGCAGGUUUGAGACGCUUGCCUUCUUCUCUGCGCUGCUCAACUUCGUGGUGAUCUUAAGCGCGUCGUUCUUCAUCGGGGUGAUGAUGGGCUGCCUCACCGCCAUCAUCACCAAGUUCACUAGACUCAGGGACUUCCCUCUGCUGGAGUCUGUCUUGUUUGUACUCAUGUCAUACUCCACCUUCCUCAUGGCCGAGGCGUCCAACUUAUCAGGUAUAGUGUCGGUGCUGUUCUGCGGCAUCUGUCAGGCGCACUACACCUUCAACAACCUGUCCCCAGACUCCCGUCUCGCCACCAAGUCCCUCUUUGAGCUCCUCAACUUCCUCUCUGAGAACUUCAUCUUCAGCUACAUCGGCGUGUCCAUGUUCACCUUCGAACAUCAUCUCUGGGAGCUGGACUUCAUCGUGUUCUCCUUCAUCGCCAUCAUCGUGGGACGCGCGUGCAACAUCUACAUCCUCUCCGGCAUCAUGAACAUCAGGAGGAACCCGCGCAUACCUGCCAGCUUCAUGCAUAUGCUUGUGUUCUCUGGCCUACGCGGGGCGAUGGCGUUCGCGCUGGCGCUACGCAACGCCAGCACCGACGCGCGUAAAGCCAUCAUCACGACCACGUCCCUCAUCGUCAUCGUGACCGUCAUCCUCGUGGGGGGCAUGACGACGCAGAUGAUGACGUGGCUGGGCAUNGUGUGUCAGGUGCUGGUGUGUCAGGUGCUUGUGUGUCAGGUGCUGGUGUGUGUCAGCAAACUGCAGGAGCGGUCCUCUCAAGCGGACUGCAGGAGCGGUCCCGGCAAGCGGACUGCAGGAGCGGUCCUCUCAAGCGGACUGCAGGAGCGGUCCUCUCAAGCGGACUGCAGGAGCGGUCCUGGCAAGCGGACUGUAGGAGCGGUCCCGGCAAGGAACUGCAGGAGCGGUCCCUGCAAGCAAACUGCAGGAGCGGUCCCGGCAAGCAAACUGCAGGAGCGGUCCCUGCAAGCAAGCUGCAGUAGCGGUCCCGGCAAGGAACUGCAGGAGCGGUCCCUGCAAGCAAACUGCAGGAGCGGUCCCGGCAAGGAACUGCAGGAGCGGUCCUGGCGAGAGAACUGCAGGAGCGGUCCCGGCAAGAGAACUGCAGGAGCGGUCCCGGCAAGGAACUGCAGGAGCGGUCCCGGCAAGGAACUGCAGGUUGCUGCGUCAUGA